AUGGUUUCAUGGAUCAAAUUCACAAUACUUGAUGUCUUGAUCGAUUUCACAAUGAAGCAAGUUAAACUAAGUGGUUUUUUUACCAAUAGACAAAGACCUAAUCCUAAUGAAAGUGGUGAAGAAUGUUCCCAAAUACCAAUCACCAAUCAAUCAAUGCCUUCCGUUUCUAAUCCUAAUGCAACUCCACAAACACCAAUCACCAAUCAAUCAAUCCCUUCGGUUUCUAAUGCAACUCCACAAACACAAUGCUCUAACCAACCUAAUGAUAAUGUUGACUUGAAGGAUCUUCCAAAGGACCCGGCGGAUAGGCCAUUGAUUACAAGUUACAAACCAAAUAUAAGAGAUGAUGUAAGAAGAGCAUAUUUGCUUCAAGGACCGUGUCAAGAUAAUGCAUAUUGUUUAUAUUGUUAUUUGUGUGGGGAACUCAUGGGACAAAAAGGAGGGAGAGAUGCAUUUGUUUCUCAAGGUUUUGAUACUUGGAAUAAAAAAGAUGUAUUUUGGACUCAUGUGGGUGGUAUUGAUAGUUUUCACAACCAAGCAAAAGAAAAGUGUGAGUUUUUAAUGAGGGAAAAACAAGCUAUCAAUGUAGUCUUUAGGAGGCAAACCGAAGCAGAAGAUCACAAAUAUAAAGCUCGAUUACGUGUUUCUGUUAUUGUUGUUAGACUUUUAUUGAAAACCGGUUUACAGUUUCGUGGUCAUGACGAGUCGGUUAACUCGGAAAAUAGAGGGCUAUACAUUGAAGUGUUAAAAGCCAUUCGAGAGACUAGUGAAGAUAUUUUCAACAAUACUUUAGAAAAUGCUCCAAAAAACAAUCAACUAAUUUCCCCUAAAAUUCAAAAAGAACUUGUGCAAUGUUUUGCACAAGAAGUACUUUUGAGUAUUCGUGAAGAGAUUGGUCAAGAUGUUUUUGCUUUACUAGUUGAUGAAUCUAGUGAUGUUUCAAAAAAGGAACAAAUGGCUAUUGUUUUGCGUUAUGUCGAUACUCUUGGCUUUGUGAAAGAAAGAUUCAUAGGUCUAGUGCACGUGAAGGAUACGUCUUCUUUGACACUCAAAAACGCCAUAAAUAAAGUACUUACAAGUAAUAAGUUGAGUUUUAGUCAGAUAAGAGGACAAGGUUAUGAUGGGGCUAGCAAUAUGCGAGGGGAAUUCAAUGGUUUGAAAGCUUUGAUAUUACAAGAGAAUGACACAGCUUUUUAUUUUGUGCAUCGUGUAAAAGAAAAGACUUACUACGAGAGCAAGCAAGAGAAAGGGUACAAAAAGGCUUGUGUAGUGGUGAACUUGAAACCAGAAGAGGUUUUAGAUUUUGUGAAAGAGGAGGGAGGGUCAUUGGCAAACCAUCAACAAGCAUCUGGAAUCUUAGCAUAUUUUAAAUCAUAUGAGUUUGUGUUUUACUUACAUAUGAUGUAUGACAUUUUACACCUCAUGGGUACAUUGUCAAAGCAACUUCAAAGAAAAGAUCUAGACAUUUUAGAAGCGGCUUCGAUGGUUAGAGGGACAAUGGAGGCAUUGCAAUCUUUUAGAAACAUAGGGUUUGCUAGCAUUUUGCCAAAAGUAUCCUCUUUUUGUGAAACACGCGAAAUUGAUACUUUGGAUAUGGAAGAGUUGUAUAUUGGUGCGAGAAACCAUAGGACUACAAAGACUAAUAGGUUUCAUUUUGAGGUUGAAAUCUUCAACACGGUGGUAGAUAUGCAACUUACAGAAUAUCGGGAUCGAUUUAGUGAAACAAGCACCCAAUUACUAGAAUACAUGGAUGCUUUGAGCCUUUGUGAUUCAUUUGCACAAUUUGACAAAUCAAAGUUAUUGAAGUUGGAUGAGCGCUUCGCUAGUUUGAAAGGAAUUUCCGACCUUUCUCGUUUGAUGGUUAAUACGGGGAAGCAUCGAUCUUAUCCUUUGGUUUACAAGCUAUUAAAGUUGGCUUUGAUAUUACCUGUAGCGACCGCAAGUGUAGAAAUAUGUUUUUUAAAGAUGAAGCUCUUGAAGACCGACUUGCGUAACAAAAUUGGCGAUGAUUUUUUGAACGACGCAUUGCUGUGUAAUGUCGAGACCGAAGCACUUGCGAAAGUUGAGAAUGAAAAAGUAAUGGAGCGGUUUCAAAAGAUGUCUGCACGAAGAGGACAAAUGUAA